AUGGCGCAACCCAGCAACUAUUGGAAACAAGAUUUGCUACCACUGUCCAUCUUGAUCCUAACACUUGUGGCCACUGAGUGCACCAUAGGUAUCAUUGCAAGUGGGAUCAUCACAGUUGUGAAUGCAGUGUCAUGGGUUCAGAAAAGGGCAGUUUCCAUAACUACUAGGAUUCUGCUUCUUCUGAGCGUAUCCAGAAUAGGCCUCCAAAGCAUCAUCUUGAUAGAAAUGACUUCCUCCAUAUUCAACUUUUCUUCUUACAACAGUGUUUUAUAUAGAGUCUCAAGGGUAAGCUUUGUAUUCCUAAAUUAUUGUAGCCUCUGGUUUGCUGCUUUGCUUAGUUUCUUCCACUUUGUGAAGAUUGCCAAUUUUUCUUACCCCCUGUUCUUCAAGCUAAAGUGGAGAAUUUCUGAAUUGAUGCCCUGGCUUCUAUGGCUCUCGGUGUUUAUUUCCUUCAGCUCCAGCAUGUUCUUCUGCAAUCAUAAAUACACUGUGUACAACAACAUUUCUCUAAGUAGCAACAUCUGCAACUUCACAAUGGAACUCUAUGUCGCUGAGGCCAAUGUGGUCAAUGUGGCCUUUUUAUUCAGUUUUGGAAUCCUCCCACCUCUGACCAUGUUCAUUGCAACAGCUACUCUUCUAAUUUUUUCUCUCAGGAGACACACCCUGCACAUGAGAAACGGUGAUGCUGACUCCAGAAAUCCCCGAGUAGAGGCUCAUAAGCAGGCCAUCAAGGAAACCAGCUGCUUUCUCUUUCUCUACAUCUUAUAUGCAGCUGUUCUGUUUCUGUCCACAUCCAACAUAGCUGAUGCCAGUCUCUUCUGGAGUAGUGUUCUCAGAAUCAGUCUGCCUGUCUACCCAGCUGGCCACUCAGUUUUACUGAUUCAGAGCAACCCUGGCUUAAAAAGAACGUGGAAGCAACUUCUGUCCCAAAUCCAUCUGCACUUACAAAGUAGAUACUGA